AUGAAUCGUAUAGCUUUCAACGCCGUUGUGCGAGCUGCUCGCGUCAAUCCAACCAUCCGAUCUGCUGCUCCUUACCGCUGGCAAUCAAGCAAUGCUGCUCCAGCCCAACAAGCGCAAGGAUCUCCAUUUGCUGCCGGUGCCGCUGGUGGACUUGCUGUCCUUCUCGGAGGUUUUGCCUGGUACCACUUUAGUGGCACGCGUCAAGUUGUAAAUACCGCACGUGACGCUCUCAACAAAGCUCAAGAACUAAAAAGCAAAGUCAAAGAAACAGCCGGUGACUCUGCUGACAGUGCCGCCAAUACUGUAAAUUAUUUGCGUUCAGCUAGUGCCACAUUAAUUCCUGGCUCAGCACCAUUUCUCGGCAAAGUCUUCGAUCAGAUCGAACAAAUCAGCAAGGAACAUGGUGAUGACGUGAAAAAGAUCUUCGACGAAACAUACAAAGAUUUCGAAAAACUCGCCAAAGAAGGAAGCUUAGACUCACAAACAGCUGGCAAAGCUGUCGACAUUCUCCAAAAACGUGUCAAAGAACUUCAAGAACUAGCUGGUGACGUCGGUGGUGAUGCUUACAAGAAACUAGUAUCUGACAACCCAAAAUUAAAAGAUCAAAUUUCUGAACAGUAUGACACAUUGAAACAAGCGAUCGAAAAAGCCAAAGGGAAGAAACCUGAAGCACAAAAACUUCUCACAGAAACUGUAUCGGAAUUAGGCAAGAUCUUCAAAGAGAACGGUGUGUCUGAGAAAACGGUCAAACAAGCACAAGAAGUAUUGAAGAAGAAAGCAGAAGAAGCAAAAAAGCUCGGUGAAGAUGUUGCUAAAGAUGCAAAAAAAGAUCAAAAAAAAUAA